UAAGUUUACAAAUUUGGUUCAAUUUCUCUUUUGAUUAUAGUCUUCUCCUCAUUCUUUAAUGGAUUCUGAUUCCAAUUUCAAUUUUUCAUCCAAACCCUAAUAUUCAUAUGAACCCUAAAUAUGGAUUAGUUCUCUCUUGUUACAAAUUUCAAUUUUUCAUUGUUUAUUGUUCAAAUUUCAUUCUCAAUUUACAAUAGAUUUAUCUUAUAAUUAUCAAUUUGUAUAUAAGUUCUGUACAUACAAUCUAUAUAUAUAUAAGAAACCAAUGUGCCCUGAAAAAACCUAAAAUACCCAUAUCUAAAAAUUUGACACCACAUCAAAAAACCUAAAAUGCCCCUAACUAACAAAAAUCAGAAAACAAAGUCUCUCCUAAAUUUGGUCCAAGGUAAAUUUGCAAGUUUUGGUUAGGUUUGCAUCCUCCGUCUUUUGCUCAACAAAAAAAAGAAAAUAAAAGAAAAAUCUUUUUUUUUUUUUCUGAGGAUUGGGCUUAUAAUAAAUACUGGUCUUUUUAUCAUGGGCCGACAAGGAAACUAACGGCAAACAAAAGCACGGCGAAGUUACAGCUUCUCACAAAAUUGGAAUUCUUAAAGCACCUAUCUCGUGGGUGUUGUUUUGCCACCCGAACAGUUUUUGGGUUUAGGUUUGAGUUUAGGUGAUGAUUUCGAUUUUCGGGUGUGAGUUUGAUAAGUGUCAAACCAACACCCAUGGACGCCCGUUGCCAUCCCUAAACCUCACCGAUAAUCAUCUUUCACUUUUUUGAUGUUUCAAUGUCAACUCCAAAAUUCUGCUAUGCUAAAAAUCAAAACCAGUAGUAACUUCUCCAAGUCAAAAUUUUCCCCACAAAUUAACACUCAUUUCCACAACAAUGCAUUUUCCUUCACUUUCUGAUUCUCGAUAACCUUUCUCUGUCAUGAACGCUGUGUUCUCCCACCUCUCAUCAUUCACAGCUACUAUACUCGGAAGAACAACAACUCGAAUCAUCGCUAACGGAAUUCCUAACCGUUUCUCAUUCCCAAGAAAAUCACACUAUUCUUCCAGUAUUAGGUCUUUUCGUUCAGAAUUCGUAUUAUCGACGGUUACUCGCUGCUAUUCCACUAGAAAAGGGCGCAAAAGUAGUUCUUAUAAGUUGCAAAAAGUAGAGCCUGAAACGACGAUGGAUCAUGAAAAGGAUGAUGCGGUUUAUGUUGUAAGGAAAGGCGAUGUUGUUGGAAUUUAUAGUAGUCUCAGUGAUUCUCAAGCUCAAGUUGGAUCUUCUGUAUGUGAUCCUCCUGUUAGUGUAUACAAGGGGUAUUCGAUGUCAAAGGAAACCGAGGAAUAUCUUCUCUCGCAUGGGCUAAAGAAUGCUUUAUACACAAUUAGAGCCUCUGAUUUGAACGAGGAUUUGUUUGGCACACUCGUUCCUUGUCCUUUCCAGGAUCCUUCUUCUACCAAAGGAACCACAUCAAAUGCAGAUACAUCUAAAAAGAGAGCUCUAGAAAUGCUUGAACAAGAUAAUGUGCAGAAAGCAACUGGUUUGACAUCCAUCUCUGAAGAUCCCUUGAGAAAGCAAGUCAAGUUAGAUCGUGCUGCUGUGGGCGAAGCAUCUUCACUUGCAAAUAAGACUUGUAUUGUUGAGUUUGAUGGUGCGUCAAAAGGAAAUCCUGGAAAAGCUGGUGCCGGAGCUAUUCUGCGAUCUAAAGAUGGGAAUUUGAUUUAUAAGGUUCGUGAAGGUGUGGGUAUAGCAACAAACAAUGUUGCUGAAUAUCGUGCAAUGAUAUUGGGAAUGAGAUAUGCUCUUAAAAAAGGAUUCACCAGUAUCUGUAUACAAGGGGACUCUAAACUUGUCUGCAUGCAGAUUGAUGGUUCAUGGAAGGUCAAGAAUGAGAACUUGUCUACAUUGUAUAAGGUGGCCAAAGAACUCAAGGAAAAAUUUGUGUCAUUCAAGAUCAGUCAUGUUCUAAGGAACUUCAACUCUGACGCUGAUGCUCAAGCAAAUUUGGCCAUCCAUCUUGCUGAUGGCCAAGUUCAGGAAGAGUAUGUAGGUUAAUAAUUUAUUCAUGGCAGUUAAUGGUUAUGUUUUGGGUUUGUGGCAGAAUACCUACAAUUUACGGAUUCUUGUCACCGUUCUUUCAAACCUCAAGAUCGAAUAAUUUUGAAUUAGUCCUCUAUCACUUGUCAUGACCAUUUGACUAAUGUUUUGUAGUCCAAUGUAGUUUUACUGAUACAGGCUGGGCAUUGGCCCCAGCAGCCAGCAGUGCCAAUGGUAGUAAUUUUUACCAUCGGAGCUUUUCAAUUUCUGUCAGGUUGUGGAGUGAAAGGUUCCCACUAGCCACUUGAAAUUGGAUUUUGUGAUUUUCAAAUUUUCAUUCUUGGGAUAUAUGGUAGACCAGAAACUCUUUAUUGUCUAUUGUAGACAUGAUUAUUAUUAGAAUUAAAUUAUUACACUAA